UUCUACUUAUCAUCAGUGGUUGUUGGUACAUGCCCACAAAAUCUGGCAAGUCCACGCGCUACUGGCCAGUGUGUGUGAUUUUGCUAAUGAUCAUGUUCAUAACACUGACCUUGCAUACGGCCUAUGUCUUUAGACAUAAAUUGGUAAAUAUGAUGAAAAUGAUAGGCUUGACUAUAUCUGCAGUUAGCGCUACUAUCAAGGUGUCAAGCUUCCUGAUAAAUCGCAGCUCUCUGAUUAAUAAUCACAAGACGCUAAAUGAUUUUUAUGAGGAGGAGCUUGUGCAAAACGAAAAAAUCCGGACGAUAAUAUUUUCGCCCCUGCGUGCAACGUACACCCUAGCGUAUACAUAUGUCAUCAUUAUGAUAGGAUUGAUCGUGGGAAUAUUUCUGUCUCCGUAUAUAUUCAUAAUUCGUAAUCUCUCCCACUUCCAUUCAGCUACAAAUUACACCCUGCCGCUCAGCAGGGGAUACGGUUACUUUUGGACCGUUCCGGAUAAUAUUUUGUGUCAUCUCCAUUUGAUCCUCGAAACGGCUAUGGUGAUGCUCAGUUGCAUUACGACGUGCGGCGUCGAGUGCGUUUUUAGUUUGUUUGCCUAUCAGUUGGCCUCGACCGCGCGCGGUAUGAUUUACAGGCUCACGAAUCCUCUGCCUAAUGAGAAAUUUUCGGAUCUGUUAAAAACGUGCAUUAAAAAGCAUCAGAAGUUGCUGCGAUGCCGCAACAUACUGGAAAAAGUCUAUGGACCCAUCCUCCUUUGGCAUAUUAUCUCCAAUGCUAUGCUUCUUUGCUCGCUGAUAUACGAUGUUACAACAGAAUUUAAAUUUACUUUUUUCAACAUACUUAUGUCUCUGACAUACUCUUUAAUAAAGCUGCUUCAAAUGUUUAUGUACGCAUGGAACGGCACUGUUAUUACAAAUGCGGGCGAUAAUUUUCGUAAUGGAGUAUACUUUGGCGAGUGGCCUAAAUCUGAUCUCGAUCGUCACGUAAGAACAAAUGUUAUUCUUACGAUGAUGCAAAAACCAAUGACUAUAUACGCAAUUUUCUCUCCCGUCGAGAUAGUCAUGUUCACAAAUUUUGUAAACGCUACAAUAUCCUAUUUCUUCCUGUUACAAUCUAUUGAUGAUAAAAGCGAAUAAAAAUGUUCUAUCUAUGUCUCGUAAACUCUGGCAAACACAAUAUUACGUUAAUAAGAGAAUAUAAUUAAUAAAGUACAAUCAAUGUU